AUGCUGAAGUGGGCAGUGUACACCAAGAAGGGACAAGAUGUUCAAGUGAAUUCUGAAAACGAGCGUGAAGAUUUUAUCAUCAAUAAAAACAAGCCGUACGAUGAUAAACUCAGAAGAUCUCUAGAUGCCCAAUCAGUUAAGAAAAGUAAAAAGCCAAGUAGAUAUCAAAGACGGUCGCUUGGUGCCGCUGCGAGGAAGAACGGCACUAAAAAUGUAGAUAAAGAGAAUAUUAACUUUGUAGGCCAUACACCAAAUUACUACAGGGAAGGUUUCAAAAAAUCUGAAAGCAACGCUCUAAAAGACGUCAGCAAUAUAACCCCUACUUCAGUUACACCACAUUUCGAGAGAAGAAAAUUCUACUACGAUGAAAAGGACCUUUCAUCUGAUUUACCACCGACUCCUCCAACCUAUAGCAGAAGAGUAAGAGAAGCUAAGAAAAGGAAACUCGAGAUGGCAGGCAUUAACAAUAACGAAGUUUUUUCUAGGAACAGUGUUGUAUAUAAGUCUGAGAGAAGAAUUAAAAACAUCGAUCGCAGCCACCUCAGCUCUACUCUAAGUCAUAGUUUAUCAGAACCAUCUUUAAACGAUUUAUCAGAAAGACUCAGCGCAAGCACAGAGAAUAGUAAAAACUCCUUGGCAUUUGCGAAAGCACAUAACAUUAAACCGGUUUGCACAACAAAAGCGAUGAGCGAAGAUGUCGUAGAGAUAGAAUAUGAUGAAGAUUUAGUUAUAAAUUGUGUAGAAAAGCCUCUAGAUACUAACAGAUUAGAGAAAUCAACGCUUCCAAUAUUUGGGCACAGAAUGUUUACAGAUAAUCCGCUGUAUUUUAAUAAAAAUGAAAGCGACAUUUUAAAUAUUAGAUCUUUGAAAAGAACGCGAAAGAAAUCGAACGAAUUCGAAAGUUCGUUUAAGUCUCCGUCGGUUGACAAAAGGGAUACUCAUGCUUUAGUAAGAGAUGGCUGUUCACCCGUAUCCAUCACACCACUAUCGGUAAAGCUUGCGGCUCUUAGGUUUAGUGCAAUGAGUACUCACACAAAACCUCAACGUGUAAUCUACCCUAAAGAAGAAAUUACAGAAUAUUUUCCCAAAAUAGACAAUCCGUUCACGAUACCUAUUAAGGAUGAAGAAAGUUCAACUGAGUUAGAAAAUAAAUAUAUUUUGUCAAAAGAUUCAAUCGGAAGUGUCUCAGAUGCGACUGUUUCUACUACUCAAAUGGGAGAUAUUACCCUUGAAAGAAUGAUUGAAGAUAUCAUAAAGAGUACAAAAAUAGUAAAGUCGAAGAGACGAAUCUUACAAAAAGAACUAAACGGAAGAAAUAUCGAAAGCGAUAAUGCUUGUCUUGUCGAGGCAAAGCCAAUAUUCGUUAAUCCACCGACGAAAACCAAAACCAACCUUAUCAAAGAAGCGAAAUGCGUAAACAUAUCUAGGGAAAAUUCGCUAUCGCCAAAAGCGUCACCUACGAAAAAAUUGAUUUCUUUCCAAAGAGAUACAGCGAAACUACUAAAGAAUGUACCAAUCGGUGGUUACAUUCUUGACGAUGGCGAUGGUUACAACGAAAGAGAAGUAAAAACACCAGACGUCGAUAAGAAAUCAAAAGAAAACUUUUUAGAUUUCAAUAGAUCUUUAAUACGAUCUCGUUCUAUGAAUGCAUCUAUUGACAAUCACAAUGUAGAAUACAUAUCUUCUGAAUCGACUCCAGAUCUAUAUGCAGCGUUAAAAGAAUACGGACUAAGACGUCAGAAAUGUAUACGCCGAAAGAAAUCUACGGUUAGCAACGACAGCCAAUUUAAACAGAGGGAUAGACCUCUUUCUUUAGAAAUGGGUCUACCUAGUCCAGAUUCGCAAUCACUACCGAUCCCUCUUUCCACCUCUGACGCACCGUCUGACCGUCUACCAAACAACUCUUUGAGGUCAAACGUCUCUCACAGCAGUCUGAAACCAUGCGAGCCGAUACAAAAUAGAAAAUCAAGAGACUUGUUUGGUCUCACUCUAGAAAACGGUAUACCCAGUCCGAUAACCCCGGGCCCAAACUUAAAACGAACCAGCAACAUUUUAAGCGAGGAAAGAGCGCAUAAAACUAGUAAGUUAUACGAAGAUAUGUUGCCCAAUGACAUAGCUACACCAGUGAUAGAACAUAGAUCAUCUAGGCGCUGUCUAACCUAUUCCCCAGAAGAGAACAGUAUUAGUAGUAGUGAAGAAAAGAGAGGAAGCAUUGCAAGCAAUCGUUUGGAGAGAAGCGCAGAUCGGUUUCAAGCCUUAAAGGGAACGAUUGAUCUAGAAAUUAUUACGAGAGAUGAAUUGAUUGACGUGCACGUUAUCCGAUGUCGCGACUUGCAGAGGUCUUCAGGGAAAAUGGAUGAUAUAAACGCAUAUGCAAAGGUUGUAAUAAGCGGUGUAGCUGAAACCCAAACACUGCCAUCACAGCGCUCGAUAUUCCAACGGACCUCUGUUCUCUAUGGUAAACGAGAGCCGGAAUUCCAAAGACACCUGAAGUUAUCACUACCACCAGCUAUCUACGAACAUCAGAUGCUGCAUAUAUCAGUAUGGCACAGGGAUAAAAAAUAUAGGUUAGUCAAUCUUAGAGACCUGCUAACUAACUAUAUUUAUAUGUGUGUUGUUCCUGUUGUUGGUUAUGAGCUGUUGUUGGGCGAGGUUCUCUUGCAGACAGAUGAUUUAAAGGCCUUUUUUUACCUGACUUAA